AUGUCUAUGUAUGAAAAUGAAUCAAAUAACCUCGUCGUGGUCAACGAUGAAAGAUCAAAUAAACCACAGCAAACUUCAAUUGAUUUAGACUCGAAAAAUAAUUUUUUAUUGACUACUACGACCAACAAUAUUACAAAUAUUGGCCAUAAUAAUGAUGAUAACAAGAAAUGCAAAAAAAUUACGAUAAACGAACUACCAAAUGAACUUUUGUCAAUGAUAAUUCAUAAUCUAAGUAGUAAUAGCACUUCAAAUGAUAAUUCAGCCCGUCAUUUAUGGUUGUUACGUCGAGUUAGCCAUCGUUUUAAAUAUAUUAUUCAUCAAGUUGUUUACGAAAAAGUAAAAUACCGGUUAGCCCAUUCUGCACCGACCACUUUGCAACUGUUUCUUUGCCAAAUCACCGGAUGUGCCAUAACAUAUUCAGAUCCGAUUCGCGUCCACGUAACCGGAUACAAUAAGGAAACGGGUGAAGUGAUGCUCGGGUGUCAACGGAGUCGGCAUUUUCUGCGCGUAAACAAAAAAACCAAACUUUUUUUGGCGGUGAGGAAGAAAACGCCUGUUAUAAUGACGAAAAAUAAGUACAAUGGUAAAAACGGUAUUAAUAACGGCGGCGACAAAUACGCGGAACCAACUAAUAGUGAAAUUCUUACAUUUCGAAAUGAGGAAUGUAAAGAACCGCUACGCGAUGGAAAACACGCGAUUCACAAAGCAAAUUCCUUCAAAGUUGAAUAUGAGCUCGUGAGAAAUUGUAAUGGUAACGCGAGAGAAUUUUUUGAAAAGAGUCUUUUGGUUUUAUCGGUUAUCGUGACACCAAUUUUAAUUUUGGAAACGGCGAUCUCCAAAUGA